UUCAGCGCACACUUGAAUGCACUCUCUCUGCCUCUCGUAACGGAGAGAAACCAUGUGGCUUAGAGCCGGGCCGGUGCUGCUGGGUUUUUGCUCCAUGCCGACAGUCUCGUUCGUGUUGCCUCCAACGCCCAUCUUGGCCCGCGUCAACCGCAGAGGUGCUACAUGUACUACUGAUUUUCGGGUUCCUGUCGUCAACGGGGGAGGACACGGUGGGUCUGCAGGGCCUGGAGCCAAGCCACUCCAGCGCCGCUGCAGCAGAAUCGCUCCAAAAAGCUGCCGGUGUUGCUUCAACUUUUGCAGAGGUAUGUCCCACGCCUUUGGUGGCGCACCCACGUCGAGGGCCACGAUUGGCAUGAGGUUAGCAUCCCGCGAAGGAAACCACCACGUCCCCGCGAACACACCAUCCGAGGCAAUCCCAGCGUUUGCCUCCAACGACGGCGUUUCGUACCUUCGGAACCCGGAUACCGGAUCAGAGAUUUGGCUUGUCGGGGUCGUACACGGCCAAGAAACCAGCGUGGAGCUGUCGAAGAGCGUGGUCCGGACAACUAGGCCGCAAGUCGUCAUGUUAGAACUUGAUUCAAGCCGCCUCGACGACUUGCCACCCGGAGAAGCCCAAAAGGCUGAGGACGGGCUGACCUGGUUUAUGCCGCAGAAACAACCGGACAACGCCGUUGCUCAAGGCGUCACCUCGCGGGGCGGUGGUGACGACGUUGACUUGCCUCGCGGUGAGAAGUGGAAAGGGCCGUUUGCGUUCAUGUCCAGCUCGAGGGUGAAGUCGUUCGUGGGGGCCAUGAAGGCCAUCAUCGACGUUUUUGAGGAGGAAGAAGUCAGCGAAAUGGAAGUUGCAGUGCUUGAGGCUCAAGCCUGCGGUGCUCGGGUUCUUCUUGGGGACAGGGAUUUCGAGGAGACUAAGCGCCGGCUAGUGGCAGCGGGGCUUGCGGACACAGUAGGCGACGAACGGCUGGAUGAUCCGGAAGCCUUGUUGAACGACUCCAUGUCCGUGUCGAACAGGAAGACGUUCGCAGGCCUGGAUUUAAGGAAGCCGGACACGCGUGAGGCUGCGGGAGAACACUACGCUGCUAUGAAACGUCUGUCCAACCAACGGGCCCUUGAGGCUAUGGUCCCUGAGCGAGAUGAGGUGAUGGCGAGAAACCUCAUGACCCUAAAAGGGAAGCCCAUCACGGUAGCCCUCGUUGGAUUAUUUCACGUGGACGGCAUCGAAAGGAUCCUGAAGCGCAACGGUUGGAACCACGGGCCGGCAUAACCGCCCCUUCGCGAACGCAUCCGUCCGUCAACAUCGCCGUGGCAAUGUGGCAACGUCACCAUGCGCGAGCUUUUGAGUGCGCUGGGAGCUCUUGGCACUUCUGAGAAUGCAUCGACGCGGCGGAGUAGGAACGUUGAUGUCCUAUGACUCUUCCUAGCGGAUGAAGGGUUACGUGAUAAUCGGCAACGGUGAAGAUUCCGGUCCGGACACCUGGGCGCGUUUGGUGAGCACGGCAUCUACAGCACUGGCUAGGCCUUUGCGAGUCGUGCAUGCUCCCUCUGUCGAUGAGCUCAAUUUAUUUGUGAACGACCAGAGGGCCAAAGUAAAAACAGGCAGCUGCCUCUCCUGGAGCAACGCGCCUACCCCGUACCGUAUGGCUCGGCAUGGAACAGAUGCAGUCCAAUGUUUUCGAGAACAUUAAGCACUGUACCGAGCUGAAUGGAGUCUACACGACCCUCGCGCGUUCCAGUAGGCGGGCUGUGGAUAAGUGAUUGCUCAACGCCGCAGACGCGAAAGUGUUACACCUGUAGUGAGACGCCCGUUCCGUGAAACCAACGCCGGCGGUUGCAGCUGAGAGCGGAAACCUUGGAAAAGAAGGAUAUUGGCGGGUGAAAUGGCAUGACACCUGAGGGGAAUGCUGCCACGACAAACCAGACGAGCCAGAGACUCCGGCGGAUGUACGAACCACCAGGCGGUGGAAGAAUGUUCUCCUGAGCUAGUUGGAGAAUGGCUGCCGCGGCACGACGCUUAGCAAGACCUCCGAAUACCUCAACACUGACCGCACCUGUGCGCUUGGUCCAUCGUUAUUGCGACGAGGCAAGCCCACCGACAGCAGUAAGCACCCGUCCAACUGCUUGAGGCAGACUAGGAGGCUGUAUAGGGGGCACAAUGGACACAAGCGGCUUAACGAGGGUAGCGACAGCGGAGAUCGUUAGAGGAACGAAGACGGAGAAGGUUGACACGACACCCACAAGUCUUCCAUUCCUUCUGCGCCAUCGACAAAGCUAAUUCCCUGGCGGCGUUCUCGUGCUCACGGGAAUGUUCGACUACAACGAAGGGCUUACAACGGUCUUUGGCGUGAUGGGUGCGUGUUCACACAGGCGGUCAUGGAAGUAUGUCCGGGGGCGCCCUCUAUUGUCGUUAUCAACAUCGCGGUGUACAGUAUAACCCUUCGGCAUACUGCAAUAUUCCUUCGUAUCGUCCAAAUAAUUCGAAAGCCUCCUGCUCCC